GACAAAUAUUGUGAUUGUAGGUAACUAAAUGACCAUGGAAUCUGGAGCAGAGAACCAGCAGAGUGGAGAUGCAGCCGGUACAGAGGCAGAAACCCAACAGAUGACAGUACAGGCACAACCACAGAUUGCAACGUUAGCCCAGGUAUCUAUGCCAGCAGCUCACGCAACAUCUUCUGCACCCACGGUGACCUUAGUUCAGCUGCCCAAUGGGCAGACGGUUCAAGUGCAUGGAGUAAUUCAGGCUGCCCAGCCAUCAGUUAUUCAGUCUCCACAGGUCCAGACAGUUCAGAUCUCCACUAUAGCAGAAAGUGAAGAUUCACAGGAAUCAGUAGACAGUGUCACAGACUCACAGAAACGAAGAGAAAUUCUGUCCAGACGACCCUCCUACAGAAAAAUUUUGAAUGACUUGUCCUCAGACGCCCCAGGAGUGCCAAGGAUCGAAGAAGAAAAGUCUGAAGAGGAAACAGCAGCACCUGCCAUCGCCACUGUUACGGUGCCAACUCCCAUUUACCAAACCAGCAGUGGGCAGUACAUUGCCAUCACCCAGGGAGGAGCAAUACAGUUGUCUAACAAUGGCACAGAUGGAGUACAAGGUCUCCAGACAUUGACAAUGACCAAUGCAGCUGCAACCCAACCUGGCACCACCAUUUUACAAUAUGCACAGACCACAGAUGGACAGCAGAUACUUGUACCCAGCAACCAAGUUGUUGUACAAGCUGCCUCAGGAGAUGUGCAGACCUACCAGAUCCGCACCGCCCCGACCAGCACCAUUGCACCAGGAGUAGUCAUGGCAUCCUCCCCAGCACUUCCGACCCAGCCGGCAGAAGAGGCUGCACGGAAGAGAGAAGUGCGUCUAAUGAAGAACAGAGAGGCAGCACGUGAAUGUCGCAGGAAGAAAAAGGAGUAUGUGAAAUGUCUAGAAAAUCGAGUGGCUGUGCUUGAAAACCAAAACAAGACACUGAUUGAGGAGUUGAAAGCACUUAAGGACCUUUACUGCCACAAAUCAGAUUAAUUUUGGAUUCUCAUUUUCACUUGUCCAGGUGGGAUAGAGACUGGUUCUGGCUAUACCCAGAAAGACAAAGUAAACUUUUUAUUUUCUAAACAUUUCUUUUUUUCUAUGCGCAAAACUGCCUGAAGCAACUACAGAAUAUACUUCAUUUGUGCUUUGCAUCAAACUGUGAAUGUUCAAGUACUUGCCUCCACUUCUCCCCUUACAAGAUGAAUUUCAUCAUCAAUCUCAGCGUGAAGAAGAACAGGCUUCUUUCUCGUCUCCUGAUCCUCUUCAAGGAGUAACAGUGGUCACUUGGGAAGUUACUGUGGGGAGGGUCCUUUUGUAAAGAUGUCAAGAAUUUGUGCUGAGCUCUUUCCAUUGCCUUAGAGACAGAACCACCCCAGCCUCUUGGUCCAGAGAACUGUGGGCCGCAUAGGUGGAGCAUGCAUGGUACAAUGAAGAAGCAAUGGUUGCCAAAUUGGUUUCACACGUUCAUGCUGAGCUGCACAAAUACACAGCUGAGCAGCAUGCCAGACGAAGGGCACUUCACCGUCCCGUUCUUGGUGUGGAGAUAACAGACCUUUUUCAGACUAGCCCAGGAGGGGGUUUGAUUUGCAGUCUGUAUUAAGCCCUCCUGGACUAGUAAAACCUUCUCCAUACCUCAGAAACAAAUGCAUUGAGAUGAGCUUCACUGGUCAGUUGUUGCUUCUCAUAGUUUGUGUGUGCAAGUGCUUUCAGCAUUCUGAACGCACAGAAAACAGACACCAAAUUCAUAGGAUAUAGGGUGGGAAAUGAUAUUUGGAUGGGAAAGAAAAUUGUUUUAAAAAGAUGCAAUCGUGAUGUUCUGAAAACAGUCACAUAGUAAACAGGGGUAACACAUGAAAGCACUACCUAUUUGUAUGCAGAACAACUAAGCAGUUGAAGCAUGGCCAACUCCACUUAAGUACUCCCUGACGACAGUAUGGUCUGUGUCCCAAGUCCUCUCACGCAAUGAGGUUGUUUUUAUUUCCCUGCCGCUGACUUAUGCAAUGGAAAUUAUUGUACUCAAUAGAAAUAUCAGCCUGGUUUGCUAAAUUCUUUUUUGAACUUUGAGGCUACCUUCUAUGCAUAAAUUAAUUUGCAGUAUGACAACUACUAGGACAACCUCAAAUAUUAAAGAGGUCUUCAAACACAGAUAUUCCAACUUGUGCUUUGCAAGGGACAAUACUGAUUAUUUGAGCCUGGCCAGGUUAGCUAAACUCUUAAUUUAUUUGGGGUAUUUUUUCAUGGAAAGGGUCAAAUUUACUGAGUAAUCUAUUCCUGCAACUAAAAUUACACAUGUGCCUCAGAUGUUUGCAAGAUCAAUUUUUUUUUCUGUGCACUGAGGAACUGUGAUCUUUCCCAUAUUUAUGGUGUUAAAAAAGGUAGUUAAUAUUUUAAAAAAAACCUCUGUACUAAGCAUUUGGACUUCAAAAUAAUCAUGCUCAAAAGGAACCAAAAAGAACAUCAAGAAGUUGUCCAAAAUAAUGUGUCCAAAAGAAUCAUGGACGGUUUGUGUACUGGCCCUCUUGAAGCCAGUCUCUCUCAUUGUGUUAACUUGGGUCAUUGAUGGAAUAAGUUUACUUUGGGCUUUUGGUCAAACUUUUAUGUCUAGAAACAUACGGAUAAGGCUCUGGUCUAUACUAAUGCCUUGCCUAGCAGAGUAUUAGCUAAUAUUUUUUCCCAUUCACUCUAUCUCUUUUUAAGAUAAAUUUCAUACAUUAGCUUCUAAAAGGUUAUACAGUCAGUGUGACGUUAUAAGAAAAAUACUUGGAAGACUCUGGGUAGUUGAGUCUCAAACACCUAAGCAGUAUUAAAAGUUCUAGAUUUCUCAUUUGAGAGGGCAUUCAGUUUCCAAGAGACUUAAUUUAAAAGGAGCAGGGUUAAACUUACAGAAUUAUCGUUAAAUCUGAAGUUAUCAAGAAAUUCAAAUUACACUCGUAUUUCAAGAAGAGAACAUAAGUAUCAGAAAUAUUAAAUAAUUCAUUUUCACGAGUUUUGUGGAUGUUUAUAAAUGGUCUAUUUUUAUCUGCCAUAGAGAGUUGAUUUUUGUGGUUUUAUUUAAUGGGAGAUGAAUCUAUUAGUUUAGCAAUGCAGAUUUAAAGAAGACCCUAAGUUCUCAGCAGUGCUUUUAUAAAAACUAUCUGAUUCUUAAAAUGGGCAAAUACAAAUGCAUAAAACGGUUACAUUUUCCAGAACGAGUACUGAAGUAGAAAUGUUGAUAAUACAGGAAUCAUUCGUGUAAAACAUGAAGCUCAUGGUGGCCUCAUUUGCAAUUACAUGGAAUGGUUCCUGCAGCUUUGAGAAACACAAAAAAGGCUGUAUAUGCCCACAUUAAGGCUGUUUCUUUUGUAGAACAUCUGUUUGCAAAAACGUGAGGUUUUGCUGUGAACCUGGGCAAGACGAGCUGGGCGCUGAGAGCUGUUGUCUAGUGGGUAACGAACACUGUCCAGAGCUUGCUGAUAAUCACUGGGCACAAAGCCUGGGGGCUGAAUGGGCAUGGGAGCCUAAAACAGUGCCCAGGUGGUGUUCUCCUAGUACACAGUUUGUGCAGAUUUGUGUGGCAGUGAGAGGAGAACUGUGUUACCUGUUUGUCUGUGUGUGGUCUGCAAGUGGCCUGUAGUGGUUUUAGCCUAGACUUUAUUAGCAAAUAAAGUUUUACUAAGAAAAGGAAUGUAAUUCAAAGUACAUAGGGGUCUGCAAGAAUUUUUAUUUUUAUUUAUGCUGCACUGAGGAUUUAGGGACACAAAUUUAUUUAAUGAAAAUUAUAGAUUACAAUAAUAAAAAAUGUAUUAGACCAAGUACAGGGCUGGCUAGGCUACCCAUACAUGCUUUACUAUUCAUAUUGACCCAAAAAGGGAAAGAUUGUGACACAGGAAUCCAUUCCUAUGUUAUUUACCAAGUAGUGAGGUUGGGGUAAUAAGCUUCUAUAAACUAAGGCCAUUUGGAAGUAGGAUGGAAUUAUGCUGACAAGGGGGAGGGAGGAUUAGUUUUAUAUCUCACGGUUGUGAGUUUUCAAGAACUGAUAGACUGUUUUACCUGAAGAGAGGGUUAGAAAGGGCUAGAUCUGUUAUGUUCAUAAUAAACAAGAAUUGGUUUGAAAUAUAAUUUUUGUAAUGUCAUUAUUUUGCAAAACAACAGCACCAAUCAGGCAGUUAAGAUAUUGUCAAAGGUGCUCUUUUAAUUUAGAUAUUCUUGGAAAAUACAUAUGUAUAAUAUAUGUACAUAUAUAUAUAUAUACACACAGUAUAUAAUCUACAGCUCUGAGAGCUUUUAAGUCAGGAAUGCUGAGUAUUAUAGUAUAUGGAGGUCAGAAAAAAGAAUUUUUACUUUUCUGUGUGUCUGGGUAUGUGUGGAUGUGUGAUGUGUGUGUGUGUGUGUGUGUGCGUGUGAAAGCUUCCCUUCACCCCAGUAGCUCUGGGCUGCGUUAUUCUAGCGCUUAUUAUUGAUUUGUUUUGUGCUGUCUCUCAGUUACGCAUUUUCAAGAAUUUUAUUUCAUCUUUCGUGGCUUUUGUGAAGUUUGUUUUUUAUUGAUGAAGAUUUUUGAAAUUAUGUAAACAGUUGUUUUACAACCACCACCACCCAGAGUAAUUCACCUUUGUGCUUUUUCUCUUUGGCAGCUAUAUAUCAAAGGCAAAACAUUUGGAAAGGUUGUUAAGAUGUUAUUUUCUAAAGGAACCACUGGUAAGACUUCUGUUUUCCUCCUGGGGUAGUGGCGAUGCAUUCUUCCUUAGGCAGCAAUUUCACCAGCACUGGGUAGUUGCCGGCACCGUUGCUUGUAUCCGAAAGCACAAUUUUACAAUUUUAACCUGUUGUGUUUGUCAGGACUGCUCAGACACCUGUAGUUCUGGCUAGCCUGGAGUUGGCAUUUGCAUUGUAGAUCACUGUCUUCUCUGGUACAUGUACAUUGGUCAGAAAACUGGUGGGGUGUUUGGAAUCAUUAAGAGGCUCAGGAAAAAAAAAAAAGAAAAAAAUAAUAAUAUUUAAUAAGGAAAAACAGCCCUGAUGGUUUCUGACCUAAGUUUGUACCACAGGUUACUUUUUUAAAAUCUGGGCUUCCAGUAAACUGCAGCAGCAAGUAGUCAUCUGUUAGUGAAAACUGGUACACGCUUUUUAUUUUGUCUUUUCAUUUAUGGCAGGCAGUGCUUUUUGUGGUUUAAAGACAAGUCCACACAUCAAAGCAAGCUCUAUAUCAGUGGUUUCAAAUCUAUGACAGUUGAUAGAGGAUUUAAUUGAUUUUAUAGGACCUUGACUUUAUUGUAAUUUUUUCACCCUGGAGCCUGGUUAGUGAUGUAACAUUUGCCAAUGAUCCAACCAAAAGGUCAUGUAUUUAUUUUUGUUACACUAUGUUCUUUGUAAAUGUUUAAUUAAAAUGUGCACUUUUAAAAAAAAAAAAAGAAAAAACCCAAAAAAAACCCCAAACAAAACACAGAGAACAAAAAAAAAAUUUAAGAUCAAUUUGGUUUGCUUGAGAAGAUUUCUGGCAUAAUUGUUGUGAUCCUGCUGCCUGCACACAAUUCACUCCUGCCCAGCAGUUGACUCCUUUGCUAAUUGAACUUGCGGAUCAGCACCUGGUGCCCAGCAGGCUUUGCUUCAGAAGGGCAGGAGAGCUGAAGGGGUGAGAAUCAAGCGUGUGGUGUCUCGGAGCAGUACGUAGAGGAUGGAUGUGAAAUUAUUUUUAGAGUAGAACUAGUUCAGUGAUCCCAUGUGGGAAAGGGAGGUUAAUUUGGAAGGAAAGCUAAACUAUUUUUCAGCCACUUUAUUUCCCUUUUCUUAAUUUGAGAUUUGUCUGCAGAUCUUACAAGCUGCAUUCUAAGAAAAUAAAUCAAAAGGCUUUCCAAUAAUUUGACACCAGGAGGUAAAGGUACAUUAACAGUGUGUCACCCUGCUUGAAAAGAAAAGCACAACCACCUUUCUUUUGCAGGAAUGAUGAUAAUUUAACCCUGAAGACUGUCAGUGUGAGCAGGUUUUAAAAAGCAUACAGUACAUUGAUGGUUCCCUGUCGUCUGCCUGGGAACUCGUUUUUGUGGGCUGUGUGAUUUGCUAGCUGUAAAAGACACUGAUUUUACAAAAGCCUGAAUGUAUCCUGAAGUUCAGUUGGUCUGGAAGGAGCCAAACUGGUGAAGAGAGGGUGCUGAAAUCCGCCUACUGUGUGCUUGUGACAGGUUCAGGUCUGUGGAUAGACAGGCUUCAGUGUGUGAAUCUUUGAGGAAAAGGGACCAGAUCCAGGUGGUGUAAAGAGGGUUUGCAUUUCAAGUGUUUUGCCUUGGAAUGUGUUUUAAAAUAUAUUUGAGCUGUGGCCUGCAAAGAGAUGUGCUUGGGCUGGUUGGCACAAAUUGAAGAGAGUGAGUGACCUGUUUGCUUUCUGGCACUGCAGGUGCAAGUUUGUGACUUGCUCUGUGGUGAGUUCAGGGCUCACUUUCAGCAGGAGAGGCAGGAGCAGUCAGCUGUCCUUGGGAGCUGUGUGCUGGCAGGGAAAGGGCCAGGGACAGGCUGGAGUGAGCCAUGGCUGGCACAGUCCAUAAGCUGAGCAGUCACUGCACUCAGAACUCGAGCAGUUCACUCGGCCUCAGCUGUUUGUUUCUCUAAAUUAGGGGAUAGCUGAGUGAGAGCAUGGGGACAGGCCUUGAGCCAGUCGCUGAUCUGGAAAUGGCCACUCUUAAUAAUUAAGGAUGUUUGGGUGCUCUCCACAAGUUGUGUUUUAUCCAGGUGCCACUCCAUUUUGUGUGUGUUUAAUUACAUUUAUUUAUAUUAAAAUGCUAAUUUUAAAAAGUUCUACAACUUCAAGCUUAUAUGAGAUUUGAAACUGUGCUGCUUAAAAUGGACUUCUUGGGAUUUGAACAGAGCAAGAAGAGGUGCUAGUUGGCAGCCAACCCCUCCACAGACUUUUGUCCACAAAUUGGUUGUUCACUUCAGAAAUUAGUUGUUUCUACUCUGGAUUUAUCAUUUGAAAUUGUUUUCAAACAAUGUUUUUCAGGGAAGCUUCCAGAGCGAAGGUUAUUAUGCUCCCUUUGUAGUGUAAGCUGGAAAGAGUAUGUUCACCUCAUCUGCAUUUCUGAUUCUUUACCCAAACCAUGUCAGCACAGAACAGGGUAUUUGAGCUUGACUCCCACAUACUUGUGGAAGUUAAAAGACUAAAUGAAGAUCCAGCAUUGGGGGAAAAUAAAUGCUUUUUUCCAUCUCCCCGAAAAUCUAGAAACAUCCCUGUUGUGUUGUUAUUUUCUUUCUUUUUUUUUUUCUUUUUUUUUUUUUGUGCUUUAUCUGUGUUUAAAAAAUGUACUGGGUUAUAAUGCAUUUUAUUAACACUAUGUACAUAUUAGCUGCUUUGUGUUUCAGAAUGGUAGUAAUUGCUUUGUAUAUUAAAGUGAUUCUUGUGAAUUUGUGAAUUAUUGUCAUAAAGAAGUGCUUUUUCUUACUGUAA